UGCUUUUGCGUUCAGCGAUAGGCUCGCAUUUUUCCUCCCCCUACCUCUGAAUAUAAUUUUAGAUUUAGAGUGAAAUAAAGAGAAAAGCACUUUGGAAGCCUGGAAAGCUCUGCAGUAGCGACAGCAAAAGAGGGGGGUUAUGAGCUAUCACCUGCAAUUUCAUUAAAACAAAAAUUUUGACUGUGCUCGUUGGGAAGGCGCUGGAGAACCGGCCCUCGAUUUUGCCUCCCUUACCCGUUUAAAAUUAUUAUUUAUUUCUGAACUGGCAUUUGAGUUGGAGGGGGGAGAUUGCUUUUGCACUAGCAAAGCUCUUCCGUGCUGCUGCUGCUGCAUGUAAUUCUAGCUCGGUGCAAUCUAGGUUAAAAGUCGUGCAACUGUAGCUAGCUGCGGGGGAGAAAAACAGGGAGGACGAUCCGGGUGCAUUUUUCGCUCGGCAGCGCUUUGCAAACACUCUCCGGUCCUCCGUCCCUUUCCCUUCCCUGGAGCGAAGGAGCAGAGGCGGCGGCUGGAGGGAGAGAGGACGCCAGAGACGGAGCGGCGGACGCAGCUGCUGCCUGCGCCCCCCGGGACAAUGGUGCUGGACAAGGAGGACGGUGUGCCGAUGUUAUCUGUACAACCAAAAGGGAAACAGAAAGGCUGUGCUGGUUGCAACCGAAAGAUCAAGGACCGUUACCUUCUGAAGGCCUUGGAUAAAUAUUGGCAUGAAGAUUGUCUAAAAUGUGCCUGCUGUGACUGCCGUCUUGGAGAGGUUGGAUCAACUCUUUACACAAAAGCAAAUCUCAUUCUCUGCCGUAGAGAUUACCUGAGGCUCUUUGGUACCACCGGGAAUUGCGCUGCCUGCAGUAAACUGAUCCCUGCCUUUGAGAUGGUGAUGAGGGCCAGAGAUAAUGUUUACCAUUUGGACUGCUUUGCCUGCCAACUCUGCAACCAGAGAUUUUGCGUGGGAGACAAAUUUUUCCUGAAGAACAACAUGAUCUUGUGUCAGAUGGACUAUGAGGAAGGGCAACUGAAUGGAAGUUUUGAGUCCCAAGUUCAAUAACGAUCCCUGCUUGCUGAAGCACUGUGGGAUGGACGUUCAGCCACACAAGCAGUGAGGGGCGUCUGUCAGCUUGCCUGCAAUAUUUUUUUAAUUCUUGGUCCAGAAAGGACUAUAUACAUUGUAGUACUUUUUUCCUGCCACCAACACAAAGCAGUUACAAAUUUAGAUGUACAGUUGUGCCUGCUUAGCUGAGCACUGCAUUGCCUGUAUGUUUGUGAGUUUUUUGGGGUCUGGGGGAGGGCUCUGUACAGUCUGAUUUCUGUAUAUAAACUGGAACAUUUAUUUUAUGAAAAAUGUAAUGCAAUUUUAUUACUGGUGUGAAUUAAAAAUUAUGAAUGUUUCCUGGUCA